GCAUGGCAAAUCCGAAAAACACUGAAAGAGAUUAAAACGCAAACCAUAUUACUACAAUGGAUACCGAGCCAUCAGGGCAUCAAGGGAAACGAAAUCGCCGAUGAAGCAGCAGUUAGUGCAACUAUAGGGCCACAAUCUGUGUUUAACACUCUCACUCUAUCGGACGCUAUCGGUCUGGCCAAGUCAGAAAUCACCGAAGACUGGAAAAUAGUUUAUAAAACCACCUCAGAAGAAAAAGGAAUAUGGCACUUCAACCUAAUGAAGGAACCACCUGGAAUCAUUUGGUUUCACGGACUAGAUUUAAACACAGAAGAAAAAAUCACCAUAAGCCGUAUUAGAUCUGGACACACGAAUACAAAAGCCAGAAGACAUCAAUGGGGAAUCGAAUCCGACGGUGACUGUGACUAUUGCAAUGAACCAGAAGACAUCAACCAUCUUCUAUAUUACUGCCCGAAAUACAACGUUGAGAGAUCCGAGUUUGAUAUCCUGGAAUAUUGCAAGCCACUUACAACCAUACUCAAGGAGAAUAACGAAAUCGAACUAAAACAAAUAGUAUCAUUCCUCAAAGCUACAAAUCUACACAUUUGAAUCCAUACAAGAUUACACCCACAAACACUUCCAAAAUAUCACAACACCAAGACAACCGUAAAGGCGAGAUGGACCGUGAUCGGUCUUAGCCGUCCCCAGGACAACACAAAAAAAAAAAAAAAAAAAACAUAGAAAAAUAAUUAUUGUAUAUUUUUAUCUCGAUUUCAUAGCACGCACAAUAUUCUUUGGUAUCUAGUACGUAUUUUUAAGCUAUAUUCAUCUAUGCACAAAUCACUGUUUAUUUGAGAAUCGUAAGUGAUAUGGAGAAAUCGCUACAAAUAUAUCAGGAUACAUUAGAAUCUAACGUAACAGAGACACAUUGUGCUGAGAACAUCGAUCAAAAGCCCAAAGUAGUAAAACAGGAAUGCAGUUCUACCAACAGUUCCAUCGACACUGAAAAAUCCGCUUACGCUUCACUUAAUACUUGUCUAAAAAAUGAGGAUAUGCAAUUUAAACCGGUUCCGGUUUCCGGUAACAGCAAUGAAACCAAGCAAAUGGAAAAUCCCCGUAUGGAAAAGCCGGAAGUACCACAAAUUGCAACCGUUGAUCUCAAAAAAUUCCACGAAUGUGAUAUUUGCGGCAAACGCUAUACCCGGAGCAGUUCACUAUCCUACCAUAAGAUUUCGCACACCGAUCAACGGCCUUACAAGUGCAAUGUGUGCGAUGAAGACUUUGUUCGUAGAUACGCUCUAAAUAGGCACAUGAGCCAACAUAUGGGCGAGAGUCAGUAUAAGUGUGAUGUGUGUGGCAAAGAAUAUAGUACCAAUUAUUACUUGAAAAUGCACAUGCGUUUCCAUACCAGUGCGAUACUUAAUCGUCAGCGAAACGAGGUGGCGAAAAAUCACGAGUGUGAGAUAUGUGGAAAACGAUUUGUUAGGAAGUGUAGGCUACAGGAACACUUCCGGAUGCACAGCGGCGAACGUCCGUUUUCUUGCACUGUCUGUGGUAAGACGUAUCCGAAAAAUGGCGAGCUCUCCAGACAUCUUCUUAUACAUAACGAAGUAAAACCUUUCAAGUGCACCGAGUGUGGCAAAGAUUUUUACAAAAAAAUCAGCUUGAAGGCCCACUUGAUUAGCCACAGCGGCGAGUGGCCGCACAAAUGUACGGUAUGUGACAAAGGUUUUGUCUAUAAGAGUAGACUGACUUCACACAUGUUUGUGCAUACCGGCGAGCGCCCAUAUAAGUGCGUUGUAUGCGAUAGAGGUUUUACCGCCCAUGAUGGCUUGACGGCGCACAUGACCAUUCAUACGGGCAAGUUUCGACACCAUUGCGAUGUGUGUGGCAAGGGAUUCUUUGUUCCUUCUAUCUUGAAGGAACAUAUGGGCAGUCAUACCGGCGAGAAACCAACGAUAUGCGAUGUUUGCGGUAAAAGUUUUCACGGGAAAAGAUCAUUCUCGAAACACAGAAAAAUUCACAAGCCCAACUCGGAAGGGAAUGAGAUUUUGAAGUGUUGAAUACAGAAAAAGAAUUUAAUAAAUUUUACUAGAUGCUGUAUAA